AUGAAUGUCGUUCGAUUUACCCUCCGCGCGACGGGGCUCAGUCUUCCGCGCACAGCCAAGCAUGCCCGUCAGUUGGCCACUUGGCCCAAGCAGCCGCAGCCUGCCCUCCUGCUCCUGCUCCUGCUCCUACACCUGCAGUCCAUCCAUCCCUUGGGGGAGGGGGGGGGACCUUCAUUCGCUCUACGAGAUCUAAGCGAGCUGGUCCACGCGACGCGACGCGCCGCCGACGCUGUGCUCGUCCACGGCACCGGCGAAGCAAGCAGCAGCGGUGCUCGCCUCAGGGCCGGAAUUGUGAAACCCACCUGGGGAUUUGAUCUCCCUGGGCGGUCGCUGGCCCAAGGACGACGCGGACGAAAAGUACGUGGGACUACCACGGGCUUUGCCGGCCAAAGAUCUCGAUUAAGUAGCCGCUUCCGCCUCGGCAUCGUCCCAUCGCAUCUCAUCUCGACCUGGUUGUUGGGCCAGAGUAAGCUAGCCCGCACCACACUGGACAUGAAUCAGGGCUUCUCAGUGGCCCAGCCCUCCUGCACAACCGUUGAGACCGCAGCGGAAGUACCCUUAUUGCUGAGAUUGUCAGCCUGGGUGGAGCUGGCUCUACCGACGGCCAGAGUACCCAGUUACCUCCGGAGCUUUCAGGAGGCUUCUGGACAGCUUCUCUCCCACUUGCCCCUGUUCAUGAGCUUUAGCUUUAAGAUGUACGGGGGAAAGAGCAUCGAGCACCGCCCUGCAUGA